AUGACAGCCCAAGAUGAAAUAAGACUUUCAAUAGCAUCAAAAGCCAGCAUAUUUGACGGUAAAAUUAGUCAUAUGGAAGGUAGUGAUGUGAAAAGUAAUGAAAAGUUACAUAAUACACUAAAAUCAAACUACUCACCCCAAAUACAAAUUGCUCUAGACAAGUUAUAUACUAAAUAUGGAGAACCCCGUUUAAAUGAAAUACUCAAAAUAGCAAAUAUGAUUGGCUAUGUAGAAAAUCCAGUACCUUACUUACAAAUAAUAGGAAUGCCAGGAAGUGGCAAAUUUUCUAUUAUUAGAGAUUUUUUGUCAUAUUCUAAUUUUCCUUUUGGGAUCAUUAAUGGAUGUUAUUCAAAAUGGCUCUCAAAUUCAAGAGAUACUUUCAAUAAAAUUUCAGCUGAUAAUAUAUUUUUAUCACCAAUUCAGCAGUUAAGAAGAAUACUUGAAAAAAAUGGAAUGAAAUCUUUAAAAAGACGAAGACAAACAAAGACCGAAGGCUUAAAUGACAAUGAAGAUAUUGAAUUAGGAACAACACAUAAAUUAAUUGAAUUUAUAAAUCAGCUUAGAUUAUUGAAACGAGAAUAUACUGAAUAUAUUUAUAAUAAUGAAGACUCAACUACUAGAAAAUCGAUAUUUUUAAUUGUAAAGGAUGUAUCUACAAUUGCUAAAAAUCGUCCUGAUAUUUUGGUAGCUCUAUUGUCUUUGCAUGAACAUUUAUGGGAUGUACUUUGGCUAUCAAAAUUAAAUAGUAGAAUAAGAGACGAUGUAAAAGUAAAUGUAUCAGUAAUUUUUAUUGAUAAUAUUGGCAUACCAGAUGAUUUACUAUGCAAUCACCCUCAACCACCAAUUAUUUGGUUUCAAUCAUAUAGUGAUAUUCAAUGUUAUAAAAUUUUAACUAAUGCAUUUAAUAAUAGUUAUAUUUUGGAAGAUUUAUUUGAUUGUGCAUAUUUAGAAAGUGACAGAACUCAAACAAAAGGGGUUGUUUAUAAUAUUGUAACCCAAUCACUAAAAGAUUCUUAUAGCUCAGAUACUCUAGAAAUUAUGGAUGACUCAAAUGAAAGUUAUCGUAUUUGUUUACCUCUUAUUAAAAAAAAAAGUGAAUUUAUUGUAGAUUACAUACCAAAGGAUAUUUUAUAUGUAUUUUGGACAGAAUUUAUAGCCGAAAUACUCACUGCUUUAUACCCAUAUAUACGCUCGAAUUUUAGAGAACUUCUUUUCAUAAUACAAAUAAUGUGGCCAAUUGCAUUAUAUCCCUUAUGUAUUGGAGAAGUUAAUAUAUCAAGAAGUGUCCUUGAUGGUGAUUUGACAACUUUACAUGAUACAAUACAAGCACUUAUUUUAAGAUUAAGACGACAUUUUAGUAUCAUGAUAAGAAAUAUUGGUACACAUUAUAUCUCAGAUUUAUUUCAAUCUGACUUAAUUUCAUUAAAGAAUUCAAGAAAAAUUUUGUUAUAUGGUUCAUUGAUAGACUCUUCACAUACUGAUUUACCUUAUUUUGCUAAAAUAUUAUUAGUUGCAGCAUAUAUUGCUUCUUUAGUACCUAGAAGCAAUGACAAAAAGUUAUUUUUAAGUUUAAUAACACUAAAGUUGAAUAGCUCAAAGAAAAGGAAAAAGUCUUUGUAUUUAAAUAAAAAAGAUAAUCAAUUAUCAAAUGAUGGAUCAUUCUCAUUAAAUAGGUGGUUGGGUAUUGCAGAUUGCAUUUCUUUGCAUAUAUCAGGUAAAGAAGGGAUUGAACAAUCUGUUUCAAUACUAGAACAAGUUAAUAAUAUUGUUAGACUUGGAUUAGUAUUACCAUUAAAUAGUAAAUGGAGUCAGAUGGUAAGAAGUAGAGGCGAAAAAUUUGGAACUUUAGAACAAAUAUGCCCACUUUCUAUGCUUUCGAUAGGAGAUAAUAUGGCAAUAACAAUGGCAUCUAUGAGAAAUAUAACAAAAACUUCUACUACAAUUAAAUUACCAUCUAUAGAAGCUCCAAUAAAUAUCGAUAAUCCAAGAAGUAUGUAUUCUUUGCAAGCACCAAAAACAAUGAUAGAAACAUGUGCAAUAGAUAUAGGACUUUUGUUGAACGAAAUCAUCCCAAAAUAA